AAGUCCCUUAAGCCAUCACCGCCCUCGAGUCAUUCGAAUGCGGGCGUCAUGGGUGCGUCAGUGUCUGAUUGCUCCGAGUGCCGCGAGCCGCAGCUGUACUACUUGCCCCAGCGGAACGAGCCGGAUCACGAGUUUAUGGUACUGGCCUGCGACCGGGAACGGCGGCAGCCCUACUUCGAGGUUCGGAAGGAGAAGGUAGCUGAGGCCUGGCCACAGCUCGUGCGGCCAGUGCAAGUCCUGGAAAGGAAAAAAAAGGAGGAGCCGUUGUCAAAGCGAAGCAUCCGGGUGCACAUCUGAGCAGUGUGUCAUUGCUUUGCAAAUCACAGCGUGCCAGGCGGAAUGCAUGGUCUCUUUGGGCAGUUGAGUUGGGGUGUGAAUGUGCUCACUAGAUUGGUAGCUUUCACAGGCCAGUUGUUAUGUUCAUGACUUUAUGGAACGUAUAGCACUUCGAUCCUGUACUCAGAUCGAACCCCGUCGGUCCUCGUUGGCAGCCUUAAAGGCUGGGGCCAAAAGGCGAAGGCCCGGUGAUGGCCGUGAUCUGUGGGCUUGCGACAGACUGCGAACAGCUGACCGCGAAAGUAUGCCAGAAUCGGGUGUGCCCAGAUGUGCACGUGCGAUCUUGUCAGCGUGCUGCUUGGGUAAUGACGGACUUCUCGGGUGUUGAAUAAGCUUCGAAUGACAAAUUCGAUGGACGUUUGAG